CGACUUUUCUUUCGCAUUGCACGCGAUCUGGACGUUGUAGUGCAGCGCCGUUGCCAGCAUCCUCGCCAUCCACAAAACACUCCUUUGAGCGACUUCACAAAUUCCCCAGUAGAAUACAAUCAUGUCGGAACCGAUUCCAGAGUCCAUCCCCACGUCCGCUGAUCCUCGAUCUCGCCGCCCCAUCAAGCGUGCGCGCGGCGCCAACACGGCCCUGGCAGCACAGGCAAACGAGAUAGAGACUCUUUUCUUGGAUCCCAGCCGGCCAGUCACUCUCCCUCCACCAUCGUCAGAAACAAAGCGGUCGCUACCGGCACCGCCCGAAAUAGUUGCAAAUGUACAAGGGUCCUCUGCAGGUGCUGGCUCGGGCGAGUUCCACGUGUACAAAGCCAGUCGGAGGCGCGAAUACGAGCGGCUGCGGAUGAUGGAUGAGGAGGCGAAGAAGGAAGAAGAAAAUGAGAGGUGGGAGCGCGAACAGCGGGAGAGAAGAGAGCGAGACGAGGAGAGACUCAGAAAGAACCGCGAGAAGAGAAACAAGAAGAAAGCAAAGAAGGGAAACGUAAAGGACCAGCAGGAAAACUCUGGUAAAGUCAACGGAACGGGCGAGCAACACGAUGCGGAGACUGGUGGUGUCAUUAAGAAGGGCGGUGGUUUAGAGAUUCCCAGACGGGGCAGCCAGACUGAAGACCAGGGGAGCGGAGAGUUUGGCGUUGCUGAGGCGGUCAAGGAAGCUGGUAUUACGAUUCUUGAGGAUGACUGAGGGACAUACACGAACGCGAGGCUUUUCAGCUCGACAGGAGCCUGUCGCACUUUUUAUCCAUACUGCAACACAACUCAAGUGAACACGGCGACUGCUACUGAAGCUAUCUUUUCAGAACGAGCACUUGAGACGAGCAAAAUUAAACCUCGACAUGACGGCUCAUGCUGGAGAGACGAGCACCAUAACAUGCUAUCACAUCGAACCACGGCACCUCAUGCUCUAUGAAGUCCUUUUGUCCCUUCCAACAAUGGCUCUAUCAAUCCCACUGAACCAACGCAUUAACAACUGCAACGAACCCGGCAAAGCACCAUAUAACGGCAUACACUUGGCAUAGAACGGGGACCUCAAAACCCCUCCAUCACCCCUCUCUAUGGUACGGACGAUAUCCUUAGCCACGUCCUUGGCAGCCAGCACAGGGCCGAAGAAAUGUGCAUAGAAGGGGACGGACGUGAUAUCAGCAAACAGCUGAGUAUCAAGUUGGCCGGGUUCGACGAGGAGGGUCUUGACCCGUGCAAAGACAGUGGGAUCUGGAUGGUUUCGGAGUUCGUGACAGAGAGUCUGGUGGAGUGACGACACAGCGGCCUUUGACAUUGCAUAAUCCGCCAAGCAGGCGGGUGCCAGGUGUGACAGGAUCGAGGAGAUGGUGACGAUAUGCGCACCCUUUGCCGACGCUAUAAGCCGAGGAAGCAGGACUGACAGGGUAUUGAAGUGUGACAGCGUGUUGAUCUCCAAGGUCCUGCUGGCCUGUUCGGGUGACAAAGACGAUGGAUUCUUGAGGGUUGAGACCAACGGAAGCGCGGAUACGGUUGUGGCGGCGUUGUUGAUGAGAAUCGUGGGACUACCGAGCUAUUUUUCCGGUUGGACGGUUAACACAUACCUUAGGAACGGCGGGAAGAAAUAGCUGCAACACAAGAGGGUAGGUAGACACGCAACAAGUCAACUUUAGGGGAGCAGCAAGUGAUAAAAGGCCCCGGGAAAAGAAAAAGGAAAAAGGCAAAGACAUAAUUUACCUCAUCAACAACACUGUCCAUCGCGCUCUGGACCUCAUCCAGCCUCGCGACAUCGACCUGAUGCCAAACCAAAUCCCACCUCUCCAUCUCAUCCAAGGCCUCCGCAUCAGGCUCUUUGACAUCCCAGAUCGCAACCUUGACCCCCUUUCUCACGAGCAUCUGCGCAAUCACUCUUCCCAGCCCGGACCCGCCGCCCGUGACCACGGCGACCUCGUUCUCCCAGUCGACUUUGCGAUGCGGCCCAUGGGCGACACGAUGGUUGAUCCAGAUCGCGCACUCUACCACGGCCAACGCCGCCGUGUAGUACAGCGUAUAGUAGGCCAGUGGCUCGCGGUGUUUGUGCACUGAGGCCAGACACAGGUAGAAAAUCAGGCUUAUCCACGGGUGGAAGAUCGAGUUGGCUAGGAUCAGCAGUAGGAGGUCCAGCGUGAUGUAGCGGUACCAUGGUUUUGGUUUGGAUUGUACAGGUAUCGACCUGGACGGGGUAGGAGUAGACGCCAUAAUAUUAUCCCCUCCUUAACUGG